AUCACAAUAUUAGGUCAUUGUUGUCGUCAAUGUCUUCGUCACAGCAAAUACCUCUUGAACUCAAACUUUUUCAAACAUUUCCUAACCAUUCAUACCAUCGGAUGAUCACUGAAGGCAAAGACAACACAUCCCACACAACCACUCAUACACUCGUAUAGACUGACAGCGACGACACCAGAGUUCGUCACCACAGCUGAUCACUACAGCUCUCUAUCAGCACCACAUCCAGUGAUUACAUCACUGCAAACACUGUCCACAACAACACCACUUCCAGAGGUCGCCGAAGAAUAUGUUCGGAAGAGUCACUUUCUAUCCGACACUUCUCUACAAUGUCUUCAUGAAUAGAGUGUCCACAAGAAGAUGGUUCGACAGAAUCGACGACAACUGCCUGUUGGGAGCGCUUCCCUUCCGGAGCAUCACUCCAGAGCUGAUCGCCGACGAGAAGGUGAAGGGCGUGGUGUCGAUGAACGAGAACUUUGAGCUCAAAUUCUGGGUCACCACUCCGGAGGAAUGGCAACGACUGGGCGUCAAGUUUUUGCAGUUAAAUACGGCCGACAUAUUUCACGCGCCCACUCAGGACAAGAUCCGCACUGGUGUGCAGUUUAUGCAACAGUUUAUGGGCACCGAUAGCUCGGUGUACGUCCACUGUAAGGCCGGCCGCACCCGUUCCGCCACUCUUGUCGCCUGUUAUCUCAUGAAAAAACACAAUUGGGAACCAAAAGAGGCCGUGGAUUACAUGAAAUCCAAGAGACCGCACAUUCUUCUGCGGUCCACACAAUGGGAAGCGAUCGGCAGAUACUAUGAGGAAAACUGUGCCAAUAAUAAUACUAAACAACAGCCGGACGUCAAUCUAACAUAAACUAUGCCUUCAUUUAGAC